AGAAAAAAGUAGCCGACAGCGGCAGAGUGGGCUCAAGCGCCACCACCGGCGGUUUCUUGAACCCGAAGAAACUAAUAGUUCCUUGCAGUUUUUCAAGAUAAUUCUCCCCUCUUCCGUUCGUGAAGAAAAGCUGAAAAUGCCCAGUAAGUUGAUUAAGAUGCUUGGCAAAGAAUUAUCUUCUAAUGUUUUUCUUACUGUUCCAAACGGUGGUGUUUGGGAAGUGGGAUUAGAGAAAUCCAAUGGCAAAAUAUGGUUUAAUGAUAAUUGGAACAAGUUUAUUGAUUAUUACUCUAUAGAUUAUGGUUUCUUAUUGCUCUUCAAAUAUGAGGGAAAUUCCAGCUUCCAUGUUCUUAUUUUUGACACAACCACUUUUGAGAUUCAAUAUCCACACCAUGAUGGAAUGAAGCUUGGAAAUGAAGUCGAGAAAUCUGACUCUGUUAUCUCAAUCUCUUCCUCUCGUGACUGUUCUGAUCGAUUCGACGACGACGAUGAUGAAUGCCGAUAUGAACUGCAUACUACGAAGAGAGCUCGUACAAAUUUGGGGUUCAAUUUGAUGAAGUCGCCUAGCGUAGAAGCUCAAUGUAAAUCCAAAAUAAAGUUGGAAAGUUGCGACCGCGAGUUCAAGAGCAAAAGGUGUAAAGUUGAGGACUGUAUAGCAGUUGAAGAUAUUGAUGUUGUGAAAAAUCAUCGAAGAAGAAAGCUGGCUUCAAAAACUCGGUCAUCGAGAGGAUGGCAGAAGGCGAUCCGUCGAGCGAAGAAAAUGAUGAUCAAGACUAAAAAUCCAUCAUUCAUGUUGAUCAUAGAGGAGAGAAACAUAAAGAAGCGUUAUGCGUACAUUCCUUCAAGUUUUGGCAAAAAGUAUCUGGGCAGGGAGGAUGAAAUCAUCGAAAUUCAAGGAAGUUCUUCGAAGCGGGGAAGAUGGGAAAUACAGUGCAAAGGUUGGUGGGCGAAGCGAAUGGGAGUAGGAUGGAGUGUGUUUUGCAAGGAAAGCAAUUUGAGAGUUGGAGAUGUGGUUGUGUUUGAGCUUGUCAAGAGGAGCAAGAACAGAGUGAUGAAAUUCACUGUGUUUCCAUCAGUUGCAGUUUGAAGCAAAACAUGGAAGUGAUUAUUGAAAUUUGAGGUUUUGGGUGUAUAUACUUCAAAAAAUGUAGGGUAUGGUUUUGGGAGCUUACUGUCUCAACACAUUUGCUCAUAUUACAUAUUAGCGUCGUAGAAAAUUGUAUUUUGACGGAACGCUUCUAGAUGCAAGGUGAUACGUGAAGGAAGAAGGAAGUGAGAAAUUUUUCGAUCCUUUUGACUUCAAUAGCAAAAUUUUAAAACUUUAAUUAUAUUUUAGAAUCGUAUCUGUUUCUAUCGA